AUGACUUUUCUACUUCUUUUCAUCUUGUCUCUUGCUGCCGAUACAUGUAAUGGUGGCCCAUAUUCACUCGUACGAUUCUACGAAAAUAUGGCCGAAGUUAGUCAACUUCUGGGUCCAUUACCUCUCGAGUUCACCAAUGACCAGUGGAUCUACAUUCGACCCGAUUCCAUCACAUUGUUAGGUUCUAAUGUUAACGUCACUUCAACGACAAUUACUGAAAAGAAGAAGUCACUUGAUGGUACUCAGAUCUAUGUUCGUUCUCCAAUUUCAUUCGAUGGAAAUGCGAGUAAAUUUGUUAAAGGAAUACUUAUCAAUGAGAGCAGCAAUAUGAUCAAAAUACAAGAUGAGUCAAUUAGUGAUAAAGAGCUUUUCCUCAAUUAUGUGCCAGCUAAUCAUAUUCUUUAUCUUGAAGAACCGCCAAAACCUAAAUUCUAUGUCAACUUUACAUAUGACGCAUUACAUGACGAGAUAUUGCACGUAAGCUACCUUCGAUCGGAUCUUAAUUGGAAAACACGCUAUCAACUCAAUUUGUAUAAUGAUAUCAGUGUGCUUAUUACAAUAGCUGAAAUUAGGAAUGAAGGCGAAUCGGCAAUAUCAAUUGAGCAAGCUGAAAUCAUUGGCGGAGACAUCAACUUGAAGACAGCAGUACCUGUACAACGAUCUGUGUUAUUGUCUCAUGAUCCUCUGUUUCCCGAUUUCGGGCUACCAAAUAUGAGAAGAUCAUUUACUACGACAUCACAGAUAGCCACUGUCGAGCAAGGUGAAGAAUCAGGUGGCGUCUAUGUGUUCAAUAUUGACAAGCCAUUUUCGAUCGAUGCUAAGACUACUCUUCUCUUGCCCAUGCUUCGUCCUCAGGUCACUGUCGAACGAUUUUCGUUGAUCUCAAAGUAUUUCUCAGAUUCAUCCAGUACUAGCAAAGCUCAACGUUCAUACAGAAUUACGUCCGACAAAUUUCUCACCCGUGGCAAGUAA